AUGGCUAACACUUCAAUUUCUGCACUUCUUCCGUUCUCUCAAACCCUCGCACCUCACCACCUCUGUAUCCCAAUUCACCGGAGAAAUGCCUCCUAAGUUCGAUCCAUCUCAGGUUGUUGACGUCUACGUCCGCGUCACCGGUGGUGAGGUCGGGGCUGCAUCUUCACUCGCCCCGAAAAUCGGACCUCUUGGUCUCUCUCCCAAGAAAAUUGGAGAAGACAUUGCUAAAGAAACCGCCAAAGACUGGAAGGGAUUGCGAGUCACCGUCAAGCUUACCGUCCAAAACCGGCAAGCUAAAGUCUCCGUCGUUCCGUCCGCCGCUGCUCUGGUUAUCAAAGCCCUAAAAGAACCGGAACGCGACAGGAAGAAGGUGAAGAACAUCAAGCAUUCUGGAAACAUAUCGUUAGAUGAUGUUAUCGAGAUUGCGAAAGUGAUGAGGCCGAGGUCGAUGGCGAAGGAGUUGGCGGGAACUGUGAAGGAGAUCCUCGGGACGUGUGUUUCCGUUGGUUGUACUGUCGACGGGAAGGAUCCUAAGGAUUUGCAACAGGAAAUUGCUGAUGGUGAUGUGGAGAUUCCUCUGGAUUGAUGCAGCUUUGAUUUUUCUGGUAUUUCUUUCUUGAAAGUGUUUCUAUGUAGGAAUUUUGAAAAUUACUGCUUUUGAUAUAUUAUAAAGACUCCGAUUUUGAAUA